UACUUCCGGGUGCUCGAGUUCCCCGCCGUUUGAGAAAGCUGCUGGAGCCCAGUCAGGAUGUCGCUUUCAUAACAACGCCGACGGCGUCCUUUUAACGCCGGCCAGAGCAACGAGUCGUCGCGGCGUGUCGUGGACUAUGUUUAUCCUCCCUUCGCUUUUACUGUUAUCGCGUCCAGAGCCGUCAUGUUGCUCCCUUCUGACGUCGCUCGGCUCGUUUUGGGGUACCUCCAGGAAGAGGGGCUGUCAGCCACCAGCCAGACCUUCAUCCACGAGAGCCCCAACCUGAGGGAGUACGCCGAGCACACCACGGGGGAUGGGACGAUCCCCGCCUGUGUUUUCUCCAUCUUUGGGAAGGGGCUAGCUGCCAUCUUGAACGAGUAUGUGGCCGUGAAAGCGAAAGAGUCCGGACACGAAGUCCCGCUCGUGAUGACGUCACUGUGGAAGAAGCUGGAUUUUACCCUCAACCAAAUCAAGUCUUUGCAGAAUUCUCCUGUUGUAUCUGCAAGUCAGAGAACACGUUCCCGCGUGGGGCUGGCGAACAUGGCGAGGCAGCGGGUGCUGACGGUGGCGUCUUCCAGCGGCGUGGUGUGCUCCUCCGUCUCUGAAAGCAGCUCCAUCAUCAGCCCUGCGCACCCCUCCUACAGCAUGCUGGGCCACUCCACUCCUGUCAGCUACGUGGGACCUCAGAGCAGAGCGGCGCCCGGCGGCGUGGCGGCGCUACAGCCACUCCACGAUGGCAGCCGAUCUCUCAGCACGCCCCGAGAUUCACCCAUACAAGUCGUCAUUUCAGAGCAUCGACUCGCUUCAGGCCCGGUCUCUCCUGGUCGGAGGAAAUGGGAUACUCCCAGGAAGAGAGGCGGUGCGACCGGGUCCGGGGGUCCCAGCAAAACGGCCCUGGCUCCCAACAGUCUGAGUGCAGACGCCCAGCCGGAGGAGGUAGUCAAUGAGAACUUCCCACAACUCGUGAUCCAAAACGCUCGCGACAAGAUACUGGGGGACAGGUCUCUGCAGGAGAAGCUCGCUGAAAACAUCAACAAAAUCCUUUCCAGUGACGGAGUACCCCAAACAUCCAAGGCCUCUUCAGCUGCAGUGGAGCCAGACCAGUCUAUAGAUGAGAUCCUAGGACUAGAGGGAGAAAUCCACAUGAGCGACGACGCCAUCCACGAUAUUUUGGAGCAAACCGAGUCCGACCCCGCUUUCCAGGCCCUCUUCGACCUCUUUGAUUACCAUAAAAGUAAAGAUGCCGAUGGAGAUGAGGGGGACGGCGGCAACGCCCGCGUCGCAGACGAGAACGAGCCAGCCGGACCCUCGUCUGCUGUCCAGCUCCUCCAAAGCACCGAUCCAGGUCCUGCUGAAAGGGAUCUAAACGUUUCGGAUGCGACGGCGGGGACGCUGAAGGCGAGACCCGGACAGGAGCGUAAGACCAGGAAGCCUGCCGCUCCCACCCUGCUGAGGAAAACCAUCUUGGACUCGAGCGGCCGAGCGUCCAGGAUUGAGAACAGCUCAGCCAGACUGCUGAUAAGCCACGUGGAGCCCAGAGGCGCCUCGUCUGCAGCGGGGGGCUCCGGCAGGAAGCAAAAACCCCCGGCUACUAGCGGCGGCGGCGUAACACAAAUGGAUAUGGACGAACCCCUGAACACGCCGCCCCCUCCUGUGGACGGUCUGCUCACCCAGGAACCCCCUUCACAGGGGACCACGCUACUAGGUGCACUCUCUAAAUCAGACGUGGCUCAGCUUCCCCCUGGUGAAGAGAGGUCGGCCUCAGAUGGCGACACAAACCACGAGCAUCAGCAGGCAAAAGGACCGAGCCAGCGGACCGACCCAAGCCCCCCGGCGGCUGCUGAUCAGCGUGAGGUUGUGUCUCCUGUGGCCGUUCAGGUCAACGGCGCCGCUGCGAUGGCUUCCUGCCGACCCGCCGUCUUUGGUCCUGGUGGAGACCGUCUGACGGCGGCUCCAGCCUCCGUACCGUCUGCCUCCUCAGCCUCCGCUCCCGCAGCUGCUGCCCCAUCCACGCCUGGACCCCCCGCUGCCUCCGCCUCCUCUGGAGCCCCGGCUGCAGCGAGGCUCAGCCCUCCGACCGCCGCCGUCCCCGUCAGCCCGCGCAGGGCCGGAGAACCGAGCGGCGUCGUGUCUUUGAAGAUCAUCGUAAGCGACAGCCAGGAGGGGGACUCUCAAGGCGACGGCGCCUUAAAUCAGGCCUUUCCCAGCGUUCCCUCAGACAAAAUCCCCACCAUCUACCUUUCCUCGCCCAUAAAGUCACCCGGGCGUCCCGCCACCCCGAAGGCCGGCUUCGAUGAAGCGGCGCAGGCCGUGAGCGGCCUGCAGAGGUCAGAGGGGUGCGGGAGCCCGCUGGUGUGUAAGGCCGGGGGGGCAGCGGCGUCUGCAGCGGCGCCUCAGGCCCAGCAGAGGUACAUCAUACAGCUCCCCGUGGACACGGCCAGCCCCGGCCUCCCAGGACCCGCUGCCAGCUAUUUCUUUGUGGCCCCGCCUCCGGAGGGUCAGUCCAGACCGGUGCUGCUUCCCGCUGGACUCGCCACGGCGCAGCACGCCGUCGCUCCACCAGGCCUCUCCACAGGUCCAGCACUUUUAUUACCGUCUCCUGUGAAGCCGGUCGUGCUUCCCGUUUCUGUUCUGGGACAGAAUACAAUGGGAAAUCUCACCGUGGUUUCCAGUCAGCUGGUCGAUGUAACAAACCCUAAACCCGUACAGCCAGCAGAAAAGGUCCAAGCCGAGCCCAGAACGGCGGCGCCUGAACAGUCUAUGAAGUCAGGAGCUGAGAAAAACGCGACUGUCCCUCCGCCUCCAGGCCAGCAGGAUGCGGCCAAAGCAUCCAGUCACCGGAGGAUUUUAUGUUUUCACUCUCCGGCAUCAGAGGUCCGGUCCCAGGUGACUCCGACACCCGCUGCUCCAAACGCAUCACCACACACCCGGCAGGCGGAGCGGCCCCACAGAAGAGCGGCCCACGCCACCAAACCGGCCAUCUUGGGCAGCAGCAAGCCAAAGAGGAGGGUGGAGACCGUGAGGUGUCCGGCCGACCCCCAGGGCGGAGGCGGCCUGGCGGGGGAGGCCGUUUCUUUACAAACCCGGCAGAGAGGUUCUGCUAAAAAGACGCCUCGCAAACAGAUGCACGUCGUUCACGACCCGGAGCCUCAAAGCGCCAACAGCGCCUCGCCGCCUGAAGCUGAGAAGAAGUCGCAAACGGGGGAGGGGUCUGGUGACGGAUCGCCCAGACCCGGGGAGGACCGACCAAAAGCGGAGGACGCCUGUAGCUCCGGGUCGCUGCCGUCCCAUUCUCCAGCCCCGUCAGGAGGCAGGACGGACGGCGAGAAGUCUUCUUUAAAGGGACGCGAGGGACGGACGGAGAGGAGGACCUCCUCUCAGGAGGCUCCAGAUGUCAGAGCCAACAAGGAGAACGAGAUGAAGGGCGGCUCGCAAGAACGAAAACAGCCGCCGCCAUCCUCCGCCGCGUCCAGGGAGUUGAGCCCCCCGGCCGUCCCGGCAGCCAAGUCCUCAAAGGCCGCGUCUAAAACCAGCUCUCUGGCCAAGCAGGCCGCCGAAAUGCUGCAAGACCUGCAAGGCCUCAGCUCCCCUCCCCCGGGCAGGAAGGCCGGGCCGGGCGGCUCAGACCUCGGCCCGCCGGGGACCGACCGUCCCCGCGAGGCGCCCGCCGACUGCCAGAGGACCCCUUCCCGUCAAAGGAGCGCCGAGGGCACCCCGAAGCGGCUGCUGCCUCCCAACACCCCCGACGUGCCGACCUGCAGCCCCGCCAGCGAGGCGGGGAGCGAAAACAGCAUCAACAUGGCCGCGCACACCCUCAUGAUCCUGUCCCGCGCCGCCAUCGCCAGGACGGGGACGCCGCUCAAAGACAGCCUGCGGCAGGAGGAGGCGGGCGACAAGUCGCCGGCGAGCUCCAAGAGUAAGAGGCGCAAGCAGUCGCCGGUGGGAGAGAGCCCUCCUGCCAAGAGGGAGCGCCGACGGUCCCCCAGCAGCAAGAAAGACAAAGAAAGAAAGAAACUAAUGGACGGUUUCCCCCACGAUUUGGAUGUGGAUAAGUUCCUUUCUUCUCUUCAUUAUGACGAGUAGAAGCGGGCUCAGGCCAAAGGAGGAAGAACACGUCACUACCAAGUCGAGCUACUGUCCAGGAACAGAGCAGGCCAUCUGCUGAGCCGGGGUUUAUGGUUCCUGUUGCUGUCUGUGCCGUAGGACCUUUAAGCAGAAGCUGUUGUGGACCUUUGAUCUGACUGUUACCACUGUAGGGGAUCUAGAGUCAAAUCCUAUUUUAUGCAGCAGGAAGGCAAACAUCGCACUAUUUAUGAUUUAACCCUUUUAAACAACACCUUUUUUUUUUUUUUUUCAAUUACAGUACUAUUUUGAGGGCUACUUUGACAUAGUUGAUACUUGUUAUUGGAUUACUCAAAGCAUUUCUUUGGUCAAUAUUUGACUUUCAUUUGAUUGAUCCAGUUGGCAUUGAGUGGUAUGUUUGUUUUUCAAAGUAUGUUUUUGGAGAAUGUGUGUACCAGUGAUUUAAAAAAAAAUUUUUUAA